AUGGCUGAAACUGCUCCCACUGCCGCUCCUGCGGUUGAAAUCGACUCCAAAAAGAAGCAGCCCCAGAAGGCAUCCAGCGCCAAGAAAACCGCCAAGCUGUCCGGUCCCAGCGUGUCCGAACUCCUUGUUAAAGCUGUGUCCGCCUCUAAAGAGCGCAGCAGGGUGUCCCUGGCAGCCCUGAAGAAGGCUUUGACCGCCACUGGUUACGAUGUGGAGAAGAAUAACAGCCGCCUCAAGCUGGCUCUCAAGGGCUUGGUGGCUAAAGAGACUCUCGUCCAGGUCAAAGGUAGUGGAGCUUCCGGCUCCUUCAAGCUCAACAAGAAGCAGGCGGAGAGCAAGGACAAGGCUGCUAAACCUAAGAAGGCACCGGCUAAAGUCAAGAAGCCCGUCCCUAAGAAAGCCACCAAGUCUCCGGUUAAAGCUAAGAAGGUAGCCGCACAGAGCCCAAAAAAGGCCAAGAAGCCGGCAGCCUCCGCUAAAAAGAGCCCCAAGAAAGUCAAAGCCUCCAAGCCCAAGAAGGCAGUGAAGAGUCCGUCUAAAAAAGCAACAAAGAGCCCGGCUAAAAAGGCAGCCAAGUCCAGAGCAGCCAAGAGUCCAGCAAAAGCUAAAAAGGCAGCUCCCAAGAAGAAAUAA